AUGGGGGUAACAGGUAUCAAUGCAUUUCCCUGCUGUGGCAAGAGCUCAGUGGAUAUCGUGGAGAAACAGAAUGACCACAGCCACCCCCAUGAAACAGCAGCAGUGAAAGAAGUGAGUGUCCCCCAGUAUGGGAAGGUAGAUCAUAAACCUCCAUUCCAAGACCCCAUCCCAGAGCAGGAAGAUAACUUUGGCCUGGAUAUGGACAUGGAGACCAGCCUGGAUUCUUGCAGUGAAAACUCUAAGAAGCCAGACUAUACCAUCGAGACCUUCCAUCCCAACCCAGAGGAGCUGGAGGAGAUGCACAACUUCAACCAGUGGAGCAUCACCUCCAUCUGCAGCAACUCAGAGGAGGACCAGGCACUUACCCAGCAUCGCUCCAUCCACGCGCAGACCUCCAGGCACCUCUUCUGGUCGGACAAGAUUGUCCAGGCCUCAGAGACCAACCUGCAGAAGGUGAUUGAAAUCCAGAACAAAGAGAGAAGCACAAAGAUCACCAGUAUUUGCGUGGAGCAGAAAUCCAUCCCCUCUGCCAAGCCAACUCUCCCAGCCACAAGCUCCAAGCCACCUCCUGUCAGCUCCUCUCCUGUCUCCCACCUUCCAUCGCCCAUCGCCCUAUCGGAUCUGAUCAACUUUGCAUCUUCCCUGGCUGUAGCCUCUACUAGCAACAUGGACUUGCCCAGGUUGGAGAAAAUGCUCAAACCUGUACUACAGAAGACUCCAGAACCUUCUAGAGAGUCCUCCCAGCCUGCUGAAAAGAAGCAAGGGAUGAAAGAGACAAUAAAAACCCUAGAGUUCCAGAAAACUUGGACACAACAAAGCACGAACUUCUCUCACCCUUUCUUAGAUUUCAGCAAGCCAGGGAUCACGAGAGCCACCCUCGAAGGGGAAGUGAAGUUUGUCCAGACAUCGGCCAUCAGCUCGCAAAUGGAGGACUCCCAGGACAGCUCCGUGCCACCAGGAACCAAGAAAGAGAGUCCAUUAUUGCUGAAAAUCCAUUUUAAGCUGUUAUCCCCUGAACUCCAGAGAAAUGACUAG